AUGUCGCUUCCCCUGGAUUUUCUCUCGGCGGCUGGACAUGUGCUUCCAGCGCUCCCCACACCGGAUUCGCGUGCCUUGGGAUCCCGACCUAUGUUUAAACAUGAGGUCCCAACACGACCCGUGCCUUCUCGUGAUGAUCUUAUACCUGUACCACCCUCAUCACCACCGCUAGAUCCAUCAUCAAUGUCACCCUCACCCCCUCCGCCGAUUCUCCAGUUGCAAAGAGAAUCCACACGCCGCCGCCUGUUACCGCCGGCCAUGACGGAUCUUCAACUGUGCAUGGAAUGGGGCUCAUCGCCACUUACUCCAUUUAGUCACUUUGUGGCCCCUGAACUCUUUACAUCUCCGAAGCGGUUCCAUCGGUUCAUGGACUUGCCACCGGAAAUUCACCGGAUUAUCUUUCAAUCCUGUGACACGCCAACGCUUUUUCAUCUCAUGCAUACAUCAUCUAACACCAGAUCCGAAUGCUCUAAAUUGUUCUGGCAGUCUGGGAAUAACAUCUGGUAUCUGCCCCAUCAUGCCUAUCAAAUUUUUACACACAAAGUCUCCCCGAUCUACCACUGCCAUGAUUUCGCCUCGCGGAUCACGCACGUGGAAAUCCCUCUUUACCUCGCCGACUAUCACCAGAUGGUGAUUAAAGGACAUGAAUUCUGGGAUAGGCUACAAGAGCUCUUUCCCUCGGCGCGUAAUGUGGUCCUGAGUGGGAGUGAGCCAACAGAGCAGCUGCUAGCUUCUGAAAAUCAUGACGAGUUCUUUCUCGUUUCCGAACUAGUGGAGCUUGCACCAUCAAAUAUCACCCCCUUUGUGGCCUAUAGAUCCCCACGUGAGGACGACGAGGAUGUGGAGGGUUUAUGGUACAGACUUUGGCGGGUGAAAGCACGUAUCUGGAACCUAAUCGAAGACACCUGGACACCUAUGCGAGUCUUGCUUCCACCAAACAAAGUCCCACGUGGCUUACUGAAUGAUAUUCUAACAAGUGAGCGACUUGACAGUAUCUUGUGGCGCGAAACAAAAGCCAUCAACUGGCUGAAAUUGGAAACAUAUGCGCGUUAUUCGGACAGCACUGGGAUCGAAAGUCCAGAUCCCGAGUGCAAAUCGUUGAAAUUCCGCACAUUGAAAGAAUUCAAGAAGCAUGUUUGGGAAGAGUGCCGAAGGAGCCCCUGGUUUACUGGUGACCGGGAGGUGGUGCUGUGCCAUCGGAACACACCAGCUGAGGUAAAGGCUAUCAUUAACACGAAACAACGUCGUGUAGACAAGAUGGUGUCUAUUAGAAAUGCUCUCAAUAAUGGAUUGCGUGAUCAGUUCCGCAGACCAGGAGAAGCAAAGCUUCAGUUCGAAGAAGCUCUCACUGCCCAAAUGAAGGAGCAUGGAUAUCUCGCACCGGACGAGUCACUUGGGUAUGCGUACUUAUGGUACAGCCUCGAUGACGAACUCUUUGAAUUUGAUUAUCCUGAUUAUCCUGAUGAAGAAGACAUCGAUCCAGAGUGCCCUGAGGAAGAAUGCUUCGAUGGUGAUUAUGCCGGGGAAGAGUAUUUUGAAUAUUCAGAUUAG